CUUCCCUAUAUAUAAUCCUGAACAUCUUUCAACUCUUGCCUUGCUCUGUGUCUCUCAGGGACUCUCAGCCUGCUCUCCUUCCGUGGCCUGCUUUCUAUCUCUGACCAACAUUUGCACGCACAAACAACCAAGAACCAUGGCCCAGCAGCAACAGAUUAGCUUACCUGCCAAACUAAUCAAUGGAGGGAUUGCAGGCAUAGUUGGAGUCACCUGUGUGUUCCCAAUAGACCUGGCCAAGACCCGCCUGCAGAACCAGCGCAGUGGGCAGCAACUGUACAAGAACAUGAUGGAUUGCCUUGUUAAAACCGUUAAAUCAGAAGGGUACUUUGGCAUGUACAGAGGUGCUGCAGUAAAUCUUACAUUAGUAACCCCAGAGAAGGCCAUAAAACUAGCUGCUAAUGACUUUUUUCGCCACCAACUCAGCAGUGAUGUUGGAAAGCUCACGGUUUUCAAAGAGAUGCUGGCAGGAUGUUGUGCAGGAAUGUGCCAAGUCAUCAUCACUACUCCAAUGGAGAUGCUGAAGAUUCAGCUGCAAGAUGCAGGCAGGAUAGUGGCCCAGCAGAGAGUGAUGCCCGGUGUUGUAACACCAUUAAAGAUGGGGGGGACCAACACUGUUCUCAGUCGUUCCUACAACACCGCCCCUACACCUCUAGUAAGGCGUAUGUCUGCUAUAGAAAUAACUAGAGAACUGCUGAGGACCAAAGGAGUCGCAGGGUUGUACAGGGGCCUUGGAGCCACACUGAUGAGGGACAUCCCAUUCUCUGUUGUGUACUUUCCUCUUUUUGCCCAUCUGCAGCAGCUUGGUAAGCAUUCAUCAGAAGAUCCAUCUGUGCCUUUCUAUUGGUCCUUUACGUCUGGAUGCCUGGCUGGAUCUAUAGCUGCUGUAGCAGUCAGCCCUUGUGAUGUGGUGAAGACAAGGUUGCAAUCGCUCAAGAAAGGACCCAAUGAGGAGACCUACAGUGGAGUGGUGGAUUGCAUUAGAAAGAUCCUGAGAAAAGAGGGUCCAGGGGCUUUCCUUAAAGGAGCCAGUUGCCGGGCGUUGGUAAUUGCCCCUCUCUUUGGUAUUGCCCAGGUUGUUUACUGUGUUGGAGUUGGCGAGUUCCUCCUGGGCUACAACCCCUACAACAUCUACUCUACAUAAAGACUCUGUUACUGGGACUUUAUGAGGGCUUAUUCAAUUGCAGGUGCUAUACUCUGUGUGAUGGACCCAGCGCUAUACAACUUUCUAGACUUUAUUUGUUGGGGUCUAGAGUUCAACACUAAAGGGACCACAAACAUGCCAUACAUCAUACAUUUAGCUUGACUGUCCUUUACAACUUAAGUCUUAAAAAGAUUAACAUAUGACCUUAAAAAAA